AUGCGCCUGGGCAGCCUGCUCUGCCUCGGCGCCUUUCUCACAGAGGGACUCGCAGCACCACUAGGGAAACGAGAUGCCGAUUUCGAAUCCGUGAGGAGGAAGCAGCGUGUGAACAAGAGCGGUUCUCGUGGAAACUCACAAAAAUACUUCCAUGAAUCUACCUUUGCGGAAGAGACCCUGCCCUACCAUGAGCAGAAAGAGGCGCUCAAGAAUUUGUUACAAACAUACUUGGCCACCUUCUCUGAUCUGGGCAUCGAGACAUGGCUGAUGCAUGGAUCUCUCCUGGGCUGGUGGUGGAACAAGCAUAUCAUGCCUUGGGAUACGGACGUCGAUGUGCAAGUCACCGAGUCCAGCAUGUACUACAUGGCCGCAUACUACAACAUGUCUGUCUUCCACUACCGCACCCCGAGGAUACCGGACGGGCGCGACUAUAUGCUUGAAGUCAACCCGCACUUCAAGAACCGCGAGCAGACGGACAAGAUGAACGUCAUCGACGCCAGGUGGAUCGACACGUCGAGCGGCUUGUUCAUUGACAUCACCACUGCUCGGUACAACCUCACCCAUCCCGAGGGAGAGGGCAUGAUGAGUUGCAAGGACGGCCACGAGUUCAGGGAUACGUAUAUUUUCCCUCUCCGGGAGACAGUGUUCGAAGGCUCGCCGGCCAAGAUCCCAUACCGCUACAAGGAGAUUCUCCAGGCCGAGUACAGCGCGAAGUCCCUAUACAACAAGGACUUUCACGACCACCUCUUCGACGACGCCAAAAUGGACUGGGUCCCCAAGAUCAAGCAGGUCACCCCCGAAGAGGAGGAGGCGGAGAAGAAGGAAGCGGAGAGGAGGAAGAAGUGGGAACAGGCCGGCAAGGACCGGCAGAAGAAGUUGGACGCGCUGAAGAAGGCGGAGGAGGAGGAAAAGCAAAAGAAUGCGGCGCACAGGGCAGAUGUGCACGAAGCCCACCAGGCCGCCGAUGGCAAACCUGCUGGCGACAAGUCUCCGGGCGACACUGCCGCUCAGUCGCCGCCAGCGCAGAAGGAUGCAGCAGCGGCUGCGGACAACAGGGACGCCAAGGCAGGGGGUCCCGUAGAGCCUGCGAAGACGGCGGCCGAGAAGCCUGCCGAUGCGUCAGCCCGCUCGCCGGAGACAAAGGAAGAGGCAGCAGUACCGCCGCCGAAGGACUCCAAUAAUGCACCCCAACAACCAGAAAAGAAAGAUGCAGAGCAAGCCAACAAGGACGCCAAGGCAGAGAGCAUCGCCGCCGCGCUCGCUCCGGUGAAGAAGCCGGCAAUGGGUAGCACCAAACCCUUUGUGCUGGCCAAUGCGGAGGCCAAGAUCGAGGCAGAGGCUGCAAAGAAGGCCCAGAAGGUGCAGCAGCAAGAGGAAAAGAGGCGCGCAGGAGAGCUGAAAUUGGAGGAGGCUGCUUUCAGGCGUGAAGCUGACCACCACAGAGUCGUGGCGAAGCUCAAGGACAGCUAG